AUGGCGGCCGCGCACGGGGAGUCGCCUGGGAGGGCCCGCAGGGCGCUGGUGGUCGGGGGCGGCGCGGCCGGGCUGGCGGCGGCGCGGGGCCUCUGGCCGUCCUUCAGCGGCGUGGCAUUCCCGGAGUACUUCGAGUUCACCCCGGGCGUGCUGCGGGCCUACGCCGACCCGGCGCGGUGGGAGGCGCUGACGUUCCUCUACCACGAGGUGCUGGAGCGGCACCUCGGCGUGCGCUGGAUCUGGGGCGAGGUCACGGCGAUCGACGGCGACGAGUGCUGCGCGCACGUGCUGGCCGCGUUCUCCCGGGAGUCCGAGACCAUCCCGCGAGGAGCAGACAGCGGCAGAGUCACAGAGAGGUGCUACAUCCACCAGGCGUGUCCGCUCGGCGAGUCGUACCGCGUGAUCGCUGCGUCUGCUGGUGGCAUGUCAACAAAUAGUCCAGCGGACCUCCGAAAGCUCAUGUCUCUGCCGUUUUCUCUUCCGCCGAUCCCCUACGACUUCUGCGUCCUCGCGGGCGGGUGCCACUCGAACGCGGCCGCGGGCGGAUCGCCGUGGUCCCCCGCCGUGCACGCCCGCGUGCGCGACGCUGAGCAGUCCGGCCUCGACGAGCGCUACCUCGAGGGCAGGCGGCGGCGCGUGGUGGAGGAGCACCAGCACCUGGCAAGCCUGCAGCAGAGGAGAGGCAGCGUGCUCAUCGUGGGGGCUGGCUACACCGGCGUCGAGUUCGCCUGCGAGCUACAGCACCACCUGCCCGGCCUCUGCAUCACGGUCGCCGACUCCAUGGAGCGGUGCCUGGAGCCGCUGCCGGAGCAGGCCGCCAGCUACUGCGAGGGCUACAUGCGAAGGGUCGGCAUCAGAACAGUUUACGGCCACGACCUCAGGUACGACCCGAAGGACAGGGCGUUCUGGACGAGGGUUGGCCUCCCAGAGGGCGCGGACAGGACGUACGUUCUGUCAGGCGUCAGGUCUUCGGCGUACUUCAUGCCCAAGGAGACGCUGAGCGACCGGGGGCCAGGCGGCGGGGGCUGGAUCCUCACGAACAGGAGCCUCCAGGUCGUGACGCGCAAGGGGGUCCGGUGGGGGCGCGGCGUCGUGUUCGCCGCCGGGGACUGCGCCGCCAGCUCGGCGGCUGCAACAGGAAGCGGGUAG